AUGCAAGGUCUUUCUGAAGCGUAUCAGGAGAACUGCAAGGCUGCAUCAAUCCCACCAAAUGAGGAGUUCUUAAAUGAACUUCAAGAAUUAGAAAACAACAGCCAGGCAACUCUCGAUUUUCGCUUAGAUGGCGGAAUCACUUACCAAAAACUCGAAGACAGAGACUUUUCUGUCAUCAUUGAUACACUUAAGAAAGGUGGUUGCAUCCAUAGUAUUAAAGUUCCACACAAUAACUUAACAGAUCUUAUCCUUCCUGGAAUCGCUCAAUUAAUCAGCCAUUCCGACUCAAUUACAGAAAUAGAUCUUUCGUCAAAUCAAUUUACAGCUGAUGGCAUCAAGCUUCUUAGUGAAUCUAUUAGCCAAAGCCAAAGUUUGACACAUUUAUCUUUUGCUUAUAAUGAUAUUGGUGAUGAAGGCUGUUUACUCAUCAUCAAUGCCCUCAGAGUUAAUAGAACAAUCACAAACAUUAACCUUUCUAACACAGGAAUGACUCAUAACGCUUUAACAAUUCUUGGCUCAAUUAUCGGCCAAAUCAACCGUCUUAAAGUUAUUUACAUCGAUACUCCAUAUCCAAAGAUCAGCCCUGAUGUCGCUGCUCGCAGAUUUUUACUUUCUCUUCGUGUAAAUGAUUCGAUCCAAGAACUCUCAUUAGCUGGCGCCAGAAUCGGUGAUGAUUCUGCUGUCCAUCUUGCAGAUGCUCUCGCAGAAAAUAAGACACUUACGAAACUUCGUAUUCGAUCAAAUUCGAUUUCUUGCGUUGGCGCAGAGAAAAUUGCCAAAGCUCUGAAAGAAAAUAAGACUCUCGAAGUACUCGAUAUCUCCGGUAACAGACUUGGAGACAAAGGUGCUGAAGCUUUCGCUGAAAUGCUUGUUAAGAACUCACAUUUACAGAGACUCGAUUUACAACUUAAUGGCAUUCAUGGUGUUGGCCUUCUCGCUAUUUGCAAGGCUCUGCCAGCGAAUACUUCAAUUAGUGACCUUUGUCUUUGGGGUAACCACUUCGUAGAUAGAAGUGUUAUGGAGGAAUAUGCUAAAUUGCUCGAAGGACCUCGCGCUCAGACAUUACUUCUCGAUUUUACAGUUCAUUUCUCUAAUGAUGAUGAGAAGAAUCCUUACCUUGCACGCACAGCUAUCGAGGAUUCACCUGUUGUAUGGGAAUAA